GCUCCCGGGAACGUGACGCGCGGGCGGCGCACGGGGCGGCGCCGUCCCCUUGUUCGCCAUACUUGCAGGAGAGCCCAGAGAGCAACGAACGCACUUACUGCAAAGGCUCCUGAAAACACUACUGCGUUUAAUUUAAAGACAUGGCUGACGAUGACGUGACUACGGAGCAGCUAGCAGCUAUCGCCGCUGAAAAUGAAGAGCCAGAGCCAGUGAACUACAAACCUCCAGCCCAGAAGUCAGUGAAGGAGAUCCAUGAGCUGGAUAAGGAUGACGAAAGCCUACGCAAAUAUAAGGAAGCCCUGCUUGGCUCUGGGAUCUCUGAGGCUGAUCCCAAUGUUCCCAACGUCCAGGUGAUCCGGAUGAGUUUGGUCUGUGAUAGUGCUCCUGAGCCGCUGGUCCUGGACCUCUGUGGAGACCUGGAAGCCUUUAAGAAGCAGGCCUUUGUCCUGAAGGAGGGAGUAGAAUACAGAAUAAAGAUCAGCUUUAAGGUGAACAGGGAGAUCGUGUCGGGGCUGAAGUAUGUGCAGCAGACGUUCAGGAAAGGAAUGAAGAUUGACAAGUCAGACUACAUGGUGGGCAGCUAUGGGCCGCGUGGUGCUGAAUACGACUUCCUGACUACGGUGGAGGAGGCGCCCAAGGGCCUGCUGGCCCGUGGCAACUACGUCAUCAAAUCCAAGUUCACCGACGACGACAAGCACGACCACCUGUCCUGGGAGUGGAACCUGAACAUCAAGAAAGACUGGAAAGACUAAAAGAGGCCUUUGUGUUUGGAGCUGGGGGUGUAGGGGGGGCCGCAAGGGAUUCCCUCAGCCCCUCCCCUCCUCCUCCAUCUUCCUCCUCAUCCUCCUCCCAUCCCUGCCACGUCCACCGCCAUUUCUGCCUUCUUUGUUUUUGUCGUGCAUUUCAUGCUCUCAUGCCUUAUCUCACGCCUCGCUGUCUUAACGCCCCACCCGCCCCGCUCUGUCAGCACCAGUAGCAGCAGCAGUAGCAGCAACCUAACCCCCCCCGUCUGUCCGUCCAUCAACACCUUCCUGCUCAACGUUUCAUUGGUUGUGCACGAGCCCACCUCUGUCCAUGCACUCACGCGCCCCACCGAGCUGUGCCAAGUAGCACCUUACUCCUGCGCCCGCUGCCCUCCUCUGCUUCCUGUUUUUUCCCCCAGUUUUUCACUGCUUCAAGAGAUUAAGUCCUGCCCUCCACCUCCCCCGAAAAGGUGUCUUCCUCUCUCAGUAUAAGUACAUGUGGAAAAGCAACUGUACAAUCAACUUUUGUUUGCCUUUUUUAUAUAAUGGUAUCAAUGGUUGUGUAAUGUGAUUGUAUUCACACCACAGUUAAUCAGCUGUUCUUAGCACCACCCCCCAGCAUCCACCUCCCCGUCUGCCCGCUUGUCAACCGCUCCACGCUCGUUUUGCUCACUUACUCGCUCGCUGUCUUUUGAUAUGAUUACCAGUACCUGCCUUGAAAGAAAAACAAAACGAAACACAUUCAUUCAGAGCUGCUCUACGCCGCCUCUUUCUUUUCUAAAUGUACUUGCACGCUCCCUGUCAGAUGGGAGGCGUGGCCAAAGUGAACAAGGGAGUGGAAAGUAUAAAAAGUAGCUGCCUUACGUAUCGAUUAAUGUUUCUUUAGCAUGCCUUGUGUGCACGAGCAGCGCUCGCGAUCAAGUAGUCUGAAUACGAAGGGCUCGCUCUCGCUGCCAACGAAUAACCACCUGUAGCCCUGUUGUAGUGGAGACUGUUUAUACAGGUUACUGAAUGGCAGCUCUGCACACGCCCACUGCCCCCUCCACGCUAAACGCUUCCUGUAAACGGAGGGAACUGAAUGUUAACAAUUGGAGAAAUUUUAAUCUGGCACUCUCGCUUCUUUUAGCCAAGAGGCCUUAGCACCAACUACGAUCACGUGGAGAAAAAUGGUAAAAACAUUUUUAGAUUUUUCUUCCCCCCCCCACUUUGCCUUAACGUUUGCCCCCUCCCCGCCGCUCUCGUUCGUUCAGAUCGCUUCAUAGGUUGCAGUUAGGAGAUCCCAGGUGUGGAGGAGGCUGAGCCAGGCGCCGUCUGCUGCUGCCGCCGCCACUGCCGGAGACCUCGGCGGCGUCUGGUCUCACCCGCAGACAGAGGAAAACUGACAUGAACAGUCAGGUGACACUACCAGAGAAAACACAUGCUCGCUAUUUAAAUGAAGAAUGAAGGUUUUAAAAACACGACUGACCAGUGACACUAAAUAUGAAGCAAACUCGUACUGUACCGAAACACAUGGAUGUAAAGCUUCUGUUUGUUCCUUCCUCAUCCUCUUCUUCUGAUGAUAAUUAUGAAUUCCUGCUCCAUACAUUCCUUCACAUUGUACAGUUUCUAUGAAAACGCUGGCAUGCUGGUGGGGUUGUAUAUUCUAUCAUCAUUUGUGGUUGCUCUUCUCGGUCAAUAAAGAUUUUGCUCAACCUGG